ACCCUACCUCUCACUUCACAUUUCCGCCACUUCUUCUUCGUCUCAUUCUCUGCAUACGGAAUUAGGGAUCUAAUGCUAAUACCCAAACGGCCAAACCAGCAGUCCAUCUAUUCAUCCACACAUCUCCGGAUCUCGCGAUAGCCGAUUAGCUUCUUCGAUCCUUACAGUCGAUCGGUAGCCUCUCCCUCUCUGGACGGACCGACGGACUUCCGACCUCAGCAAAAAGAAGCCACCACAGCAACUUCUAGGGGACGCUAGAGUUCUGGAGGGAGGCUAAUAUUCUUUCAAAGCUUCAUCACCCAAAUGUGGCAGCAUUUUACAGUGUAGUACAUGAUGGAAUAGGUGGAACUCUUGCUACUGUAACUGAGUAUAUGGUGGAUGGCUCUCUAAGGGAUGUUCUAAUUUGCAAAGAUAGGCAUCUUUAUCCGCGAAAAUGGAUCAUUGUAGCCAUGGAUGCGGCAUUUGGGAUGGAAUACUUACAUUCAAAAAACAUUGUGCAUUUUGAUCUGAAAUGUGACAUCUUGCUGGUAAAUUUGAAGGAUCCUUCACGACCAAUAUGCAAGGUUGGUGAUUUUGGGCUGUUUAGGAUAAAACAGAACACCCUGGUGUCUGGCGGAGUAAGGGGGACACUCCCGUGGAUGACUCCUGAACUACUAAAUGGCAGCAGCAACAAAGUCUCUGAGAAGAAUAAUCUUGAAAACCAGGUGAGGUUCAACUUGAUACCUGACCAUGUUGAUCCUAGUGGAAUGUGGAAGAAUUGCAAGAGGGGUUUAGCUACAUGCCAACCUCAGCAGCUCAACACCAUACAAGGGAAAGUGCCCGAUGCAAUUACGAUUUUUUUAAAAAUUUUUUUAGAAAAUUAGAACACCAAAGGCAUCGGUUGUAGCUAAACAACUGAUGCCAAUACCUCCUUUUAUUAAUAUUUAAAAAACAAGUAUAGCAAAGGCAUCAGUUGUUCAGAAACAAUCGAUGCUUAUACUCUUUUUUUAAUUAAUAGAAUAGCAAAGGGGCAUCAGUUGUUUAGAAACAACCGAUGCUAAUACUCUUUUUUUUAAUUAAUAAAUAUUAAAGGCAUCGGUUGUUUAGAAACAACCGAUGCUAAUACUCUUUUUUUAAUUAAUAAAGUAGCAAAAGCAUCAGUUGUUUUCAAAGCGAUGCAAUUGAAUUGAGCCAAUUGCAUCGCUUGUAUUUGCAUCGGUACAAAACUGAUGCUAAAGGUACAAAACAACAAAUGCCUUUGCCCUGGUAUGUACUAGUAAUGAAAAGCGAAUAUGAAAUUGUUUUGUGAAAUGAAGUAAACAAAGUAAGCAUUACUUAUAAAUUCAAACUUAUAAAAGUGGAGAUGACAAAUGUACAGUAAAACAAUACCUUUGAAUGUAUUAUUAAAAACACUUCUUAUAUAGUAUUAUGUUAUUUAGUUUUUCUAUGUUAACUGGUAUUACUCUCUGGGAAUAUUGUAUUAAAAUUCAAAGUCCACUUAUUUAAACACUAUAAGUGUUUGAUUUAUGUGUGACAAUUACAUUAUAUUAUUCUAAAUUUUAUUGCUUCUUUUUGCAUAGUGUAGGCAUCAAACAGAAAUGGAACCGGAGAAGAAUCUGGAGGUGCAUCAUACAGAACAUUAACCGGAGAAGAAUCUGUAGGCGAAUGAGGUUGGGGCCAUACGCUUUCCCAGUUGGCUUGCGGCCCCAGCCCGUGCCGAGCUUGCAGCACCUGCCCAUGAGGAGCUUGCCGGCAUAUGUGUUUAGACAGACACCAUCUGGAUCGGCUGAGCCCCAUAACAUGAAAGCGUUUGAUGCACAAUAUGACAUACAGGCUAGUAUCAAGACUAGGCUGGGCGACCUGGACCAGUAUAAAAUAUAUUGGUUCAGGUUGAAACACAAUGCACCAGUUGGGAGAAAAAUCACACUUGAUCCUCAGCCGCCAAUAACAUGGGGCUUAGCCGAUCUGGAUGGUGUUUGUCGAAACACAUAUGGCGGCAAACUCGUCAUGGGCGAGGGCUGUAAGCUCGGCACGGGCUGGGGCUGCAAGCUCAGCAUGGGCUGGGAACGCGUAUGGCCCGAAGCCCGUCACAUAGUAGGGAGAAAGCGGUUGUGGAACCCAUGAAGUAGUAUGGUAGGUAGCCAAACACCGGAGGCGGCAGCUGGAAGAACUGAGACGAAUGGGCGUGGAUAGGCGAACCCUGCAACUAUGGGUGCACCUGACACUCGGGUUGCAGUGGAGCCUGUGUGGGCGGCUCUCGAGUCAAGGUUGCCGUAGAAGACGGUGCCUAAUUUCAAAAUAAAAUAAGUAAUUGCUAACGAACUUAUGGUCAAGUUACUAAGAAUAACAUGUGUGUUGAUAUCCAACUAAUGUUUUUUUCUUGAACCUACUGUGAAAUAAAAUAUGUACAAUUAUAUUCCAAAUGUGUAGAUUGAUAGAGAAUGAAUAUCAGAUAUCACUCACGUAGUGAUGCUGUAACUUCUCACUUUCUAUUUAUAGCUUCUAACAAAUUCCAUUAAUUACGAAACUAACAAAGAAAAAGUUUUGUUCAAG